AUGCAGCGUGAACCUCCGAAGAAGAGGCUAGAGAAGAAGUCGGGAAAGCAGCUCUUUGACCACGCUUCCUUUGGGAAGGACCUGCUGGCGGGCGGCGUCGCCGCGGCUGUGUCCAAGACCGCGGUGGCGCCCAUUGAGCGGGUGAAGCUGCUGCUGCAGGUGCAGGCGUCGUCCAAGCAGAUCAGCGCCGAGACGCAGUACAAGGGCAUGAUGGACUGCCUGGUGCGGAUCCCCCGCGAGCAGGGCUUCUUCAGUUAUUGGCGUGGCAAUUUGGCAAAUGUUAUCCGGUAUUUUCCAACACAAGCUCUAAACUUUGCUUUUAAGGACAAAUACAAACAACUUUUCAUGUCUGGAGUUAAUAAAGAAAAACAGUUUUGGAGGUGGUUUUUGGCAAACCUGGCUUCUGGUGGAGCUGCUGGAGCAACAUCUUUAUGUGUAGUUUAUCCGCUGGAUUUUGCCCGAACCCGAUUAGGUGUUGAUAUUGGAAAAGGUCCUGAAGAGCGACAAUUCAAGGGUUUAGGUGACUGUAUUAUAAAAAUAGCAAAAUCAGAUGGAAUUGUCGGUUUGUACCAAGGGUUUGGUGUUUCAGUUCAGGGCAUCGUUGUGUACCGAGCCUCCUAUUUUGGAGCAUAUGACACAGUUAAGGGCUUAUUACCAAAACCAAAGGAAACCCCAUUUCUUGUCUCCUUUUUCAUUGCUCAAGUUGUGACCACAUGUUCUGGAAUUCUCUCUUAUCCCUUUGACACAGUUAGAAGACGCAUGAUGAUGCAGAGUGGUGAGGUUGAACGGCAAUAUAAAGGAACUUUAGACUGCUUUGUGAAGAUAUACCAACAUGAGGGAGUCAAUGCAUUUUUUCGUGGUGCCUUCUCCAAUAUUCUUCGUGGUACAGGGGGUGCUUUGGUGUUGGUACUGUAUGAUAAAAUUAAAGAAUUUCUUAAUAUUGAUAUUAGAGGUAGUUCAUCAGGAGAUUAAAUUAAGAAAUACGUAUAUUUAACUUGUUAAACAUACAAAUUACAUAGCUGCCAUUUGUAUACAAUUUGAUAGUGUGUUAUUACUGUCGGUAUUUUUUUAGAAUGCUAAUUCUGCAAUAAAACAGAUGCCUUUUCAAGGAUUUUAAAUACUAAAAAUCAGAUAAAUGUGGGUUUCUUCCUACUUAGA